CAAAAAAAUUAACAUUUGUCAAAAGGAGUCCAACAUAAUUACAAGCAAGAAUAAGUCAAAUUGACAAAAACAUAUAAAUUAAAGUAUGCAAAUAAAUUAACUAAAUAUAUAAAAAAUAAAGAUUUAAGGAAAAGUAUUAAAUGAAAAUGGAAAAUUACCUCCAAAAUGUUGUCCCAUUGUUCACCACCUUAAAAAACCUUGAAAAUAAAAAAUUAAAUCAUUAGACUUCGAAAACACUCCAUUUCUAGGGUUUUAUUUUUUCCAUUUGAGCGGAGCUUCGAUUCUGAGUAUUCUCAUUUCCAGGGGAAAUCCGCCUGAUCUCAAUCAACAGCUUGGUGCAGGACCCAUUUUUAGAGCUGGUUUAUUUGUGAAUAUGAGCACCACAGUGCAGAGGACUCCUAAAUCGGGGAGGCAAUCGCUCUUUUUCCAUGACUUGGCAUCGCCCGUCUCUGCCCGGAGAGGGAAAUUUUCCAGUCCAGGUCAGGCAGCGGCAGUCUCAGCUCUAUGGCGUGAGAAUUUUGGGGGUUCGGAUCUUCCUCCUCCUCCUAUGUUUACUUUGGAGGACCGGUCGGAUUUUUCUCCCGAGUCUGGUAUACCUGAUUACCCUGUAUCUCCUGAGGUCAAGUCAGACCCUAGAGCACCAGUGCAAAAUUCGGGUCGUGAUUACUUGACUCCAGUUAAGAGCAAAUCAGAGGCUAGCACUUCGCUGGCUGUGGCGGGUGGGCAGAUGAAUCAGCAGGGAUCAUCAAGCUUGAAUUGGUGGUCACCAGCAAAAACAAGUAGUACCGAGCAGGAUGACAAGGGAAAAGGUUCACCUGUUGAGGGCAUAGUUCAGCCCAGUGCUUUGUUAACACUUCCACCACCGAGGGAAGUCGCAAGGCCUGAGGUGCAGAGGAAUUGCUUACCUUCUGGGAAUCUGGAUGAGGAAGAAUGGGUUACUGUUUAUGGAUUUCCCCCUGGUGAUACAAAUUUAGUUUUGAGGGAGUUUGAAAAGUGUGGUUUGAUCCUGAAGCAUGUUCCUGGACCAAGAGAUGCUAAUUGGAUGCACAUUCUGUACCAGAACCGAUCUGAUGCUCAGAAGGCUGUCAGCAAGAAUGGAAUGCAAAUUAAUGGAGUCUUAAUUGUUGGUGUGAAGCCAAUCGACCCAAUACAGCGCCAGGCUUUGAAUGAAAGACCCAACAAUCAGGGAUUCAUGACUUUACCCCCACCAUCAAGUAGAUCAUCCGAGUCUAAUAGUUUCAGUACCUCUCGCCCUUACUAUAUCCAAAAUGGCAAUGCCAGUGCACAACAGUCAGGAGGCGCCAUUGCUUCCCCAACCAAAUCAAUUGUGUCCAAAAUCAUGGAUUUAAUGUUUGGUGUUUAGGUUAGGUCAUUUCAGUCACACCCAUCCUUCUAUUUUCCUUGUGAGAUUUGGUUACAUAUCUUUGGCUUCAGUGAGUAAACAUUUUGCCCUGGGGGGAAGUUGCUAUACCUGAUGUAUGUUCUCACAGCAAAAUUUCAAUUGUGCAAGGCUGUAUGCCGCUUAUGAGGUUGAGAAAUGAUAACAAUCUGUCAUUUCUCUUGAAAUUCUGCCAUGUCAAAUAUCUUCGUCGUUGUUGAUUGGAUUUUUUUCCCUUCCCCAUUUGAUGGUAGAGAAUUUGAAUUUGAGACUUGAUUUAAGAACAAAUAUUAUCUCAUCUAGAAGUUAAGGUCUCACAACUCGAGCUUGUGUGGGGUUGACUGUUGUGCUUCAGGUUUUCUUCUUGACAAAAGGAAUGCAGGAAAGGGAAUAAAUUUUGUUUAUAUAU